AGUUAAUACGCACAAAGUGCUGGAGGACCUCAGCAGAACAGGCAACAUCUACGGAGAGGAAUAAACACUCAACAUGUCAGGCUAGAACCUCUAUUCGUGUCAUGUCAUUGACUGAGGCCGGUCAUUCAUUAAAAAAAGAGAGGAGAGAAACAGAGAAAUCUGAGCCCGUGAAAGAGGAAAUGAACCAAUCGCCGAAUCCCUUGGGCAAACAACUGACUGAAGCAAGAAAAACAAGUCUUUUGAAACCUUCACUGAAGUCGGCUGCACAGAAUUAUUAAAGGAAAACUUUACAUAUGCAGCUUGCCGAUUCCGGGGAUUUAUGUUGUAUUAGUCAAACCAUUUCCAUAAAUCAGUUUCACAAUAACAAAAAAGGAAAAGGGCCCGAAGAAAAAGUUUGGGCAGCCUGCACGGCUGAUCGAAGCUUGUUGUUGUUAAAUCCCGUCUAAAUGCUCAUAAACGGUUAACAAUGGAGCACAGGAUGGAUGGUUAUUUGGAUCAGCAAGUGCCUUAUACGUUUCCAAAUAAAGCGCAUGAUCCUGGGACGUUGGAACGGGCUGUGAUUGCCAGGAAGAGGAGGUACAUCGCCAAAGAAUUAACACCGGACACAGAAGAUCUUUUCCAGGAUUUAAGUCAACUUCAAGAAGCAUGGCUUGCAGAAGCUCAGGUGCCAGACAGCGAUGAGCAGUUUGUGCCGGAUUAUCACUGUGAAAGCCUGGCUUUUCACAGUCCCACACUGAAGAUUAAGAAGGAGCCACAGAGUCCCAUCUCUAAUCCAAGCCUGUCCUGCCGACAUAAGCAACCAUACCAGUAUGGCAAUGGGGAACAGUGCCUUUAUGCCAGUGCCUAUGAGAAAAAGCCACACGUUGGUCUCAACUCCCCAAAUCAUGGGAACCCUUCAACUACCCCAUUACAGCAAGUCUGCAAUAAAUCCACUGUGAACCCCAGACGGGACCACGGCUUUUUGAAUCUCCAUACACCCACUCAACCUAUGUCCAAUGGCAGAUACCCAAUGGAUCACAGGUACAGCUCGCAGUUUCAGCAACAGCCUUUGGAGCUUUGCCACCGUUUUCCCUCUUCCCAAACCAUGAACAGGGAAGCACCUCUGGGAUACCAGCAGCAAAUGUCUGAGCCCUGUGUCUCAUACCCACAGCACAGUUACAAGCAGGAGUAUCACGACCCAAUGUAUGAACAGGGAAACCCAGGCAAUGCUGGCAGCCAGCGUUUCUCCCACUCCAUGGUCAUCAAGCAAGAACCUCCAGAUUAUGCAUAUGACCCAGAUAUUCCUGGCUGUCCUUCCAUGUACAUGCCUACUGAAGGUUAUCUUACUCAAUCCAGCAAUCCCGAAGGUUUUUCCUAUGAGAAACAGCUGAGAUCCUAUAGUGACGACGCAUCUGUAGUUCCUGACAAACUUGAAGGUGACAUCAAACAGGAGAUCAAUACAUAUCGCGAAGGUCCUUUAUAUCAGCGCCGAGGUUCUUUGCAGUUGUGGCAGUUUCUUGUUGCUCUCCUGGACGAUCCGUCCAACUCUAACUUCAUUGCUUGGACUGGUCGAGGAAUGGAAUUCAAACUUGUUGAACCAGAGGAGGUGGCAAGACUUUGGGGAAUGCAAAAGAACAGACCAGCCAUGAACUAUGAUAAACUGAGCCGUUCCCUUCGUUACUAUUACGAGAAGGGCAUCAUGCAAAAGGUGGCUGGUGAGCGGUAUGUGUACAAGUUUGUCUGUGAGCCAGAAGCACUCUUCUCCUUGGCAUUUCCUGACAAUCAGCGGCCACUGUUGAAGUCAGAAUUUGAUCGGCACGUGAACGAAGAGGACACAGUACCCCUGUCACAUCUGGAUGAGAACACCACCUACGUGUCAGAUGCUGGGUGCAUCAAUUCACAGCACUAUAACAAAGGAUACAUGUAUUGAUUAGCAACAUGGGAAUACUUGGUUUUAAUCUCUCUAAUUGCACUGCGAUAACUAUUAGAAACUGGUAGUAAUUAUAAGUUAGAAUCUGUUGCUUCAGAACUACAUAUAUCAAAUAACCUGGGAUAUAAAGUUAUAGCCUAUGUGGUUUAAGAACCUUGGUUGAUUUGUCUGCUUUUUUUUUGUAUAAAUCUCGCCCCACUACGUACGCAUAUUGUGCAAGCGACUUCAGUAGCUCGAGGCAGUGCUGGGUUUCUCAGCAGUCUCAUUCAUUUGCAAGAAAGCAGCAAGUCGAUUCAUGGCUUUAACCCAUUACAUAUUCUUGCUUCUCUUCAAUAUGCUUCCUUUAAGUCAUUCUAUGCAUCUUUCUGCAUAAAAUCUCUUAAUGAGUAUUGGUAAAUAUAUGAGAGACAUCCAAAUGCUUGUCACUGCCAAGUGCACACCUUUCUUUCUACCUUGAACGUAUUUUAUUGUGCAAACACCUGUAUAUUAUUGUCACAUUGAUUUGCAAGAAUUUUGUUUAAUUAUUAAUCUCCAAAACUAGUUUUCAAUUUGGGGUCUCCUGUUAUUUUCUCGGUGAUGGUCCGCAUAUACUAUACUAUAGUCAUGUGUAUGACAAACAAAGGCAAUACUUGUUGGAAACUUGUCAGGUAAACAUGCAUAUAAAGUUAGCCAUCAUACCAGUAGAUAUUAUAAAAUGAUAUUUUAUUCUCUCUGUUUUCAAAGAGCAGAGCCUGUUUGCUCUGGACAUCCAAUCCAAUCCUGAUAACGUAAAAUAUUUUUAUGAAGCAAAACCAGAAAAUGCUGGGAAUCACUCAGUAGGUCAGGCAGUGUCACUAGAUAGAAAAUCAGAUUUGUAUUCAGAGAAGGAUAGACAAAGGGUCUUGAACCCAAAACAUUUCCACAGAUACUGCUCAACCUGCUUAGUAUUUUGAGCAUUUUUUUGGGGGUUUUAUUUCAGUUUUCUAGCAGCUGAACUUUUUCUGAUUUUCAUUUAUGAUGAAUUAUCUGACAAUAUUAAUAAGAAUAACAGCAAACUAGUUCAGUGCCUAAAAAGCUAUUGAUCGGAAAUUAUUGAAUCAAAGCUGCUCAAUUUAACCUUCUACAAAGUCAUUAAGUUCCAAAGAGAAGCCUGGAAUUAAAAAAAAAUAAAACUGAGAAGCCACAUUUAGAUUCUACUUGUAGGCGGAGGUGUUUGUUUUGCCCCAUAGCACUAGUGAGCGGAAAAGCAAUUAACCGUGACUAAGCAGCGACUUUCCAUUGUAAGUACAAAGAAAAUUCCAUUCCAAACAUGCUAUUUCAAUUCACCACGUCACCUCCUGUUAGAUGGGCCUCUGAAUCUAGUCUUAAUUUUGAAGUGGGCACCUAGUCCAUAUUCGCAAUGAUCAGCUGAUUAGCUUCACUGCAAAUUGUUUGUUGCCGAAGAGUGUACUUUUGAUUCAACUUAGAAUGGAUUUAUUAGUUCCUACUAUGCAAUGGAUAUUUGGACUUAUGAAAACAAAUAAUGAAAAACAACUGAUUAUUGGAAACUAGAAGCACACACAGUGUGUGAAGCAAGUGUAGAGAUGUGGUUUUAAAUACUGGAUUUGACAGAAUUUGACUGUAAGGUACAUAGAGCAAAAGGGAUAGUGCCAGGACACUUUUAACAUACACGAUGGUUUCUAAGGAUUCUGCUACAGAGUCAGUUCCACAUGAAUCUUAUUCAAACAGGAUCAUACAGAACGUCUACACACAUCGAUGCAGAGUGCAGUAAAUCCAGCACAGUAUCACGGCCGUACCAUCCUGGCACUAAAUUUGGCAUCAAUUAACAAUGUCAAAGUGUCAGUGGGAUGGGUGAUGAGGGAGUUACUGAGACUGGUUUUUCAAGGUUUGGUUUGGCAUGUCAUUGUUGGUCUAGAAUGGCGGGAAUUUUAUGAGUAUGCAGAAAGCUAGCUAAAAUAACUGUCAGAUAGUAAACUUAUCCCUUUCACUACCAUGACUUCAUAACAUGCUGGUAUAGGAAAAAAAACAAUCUCCUCCUUGACCCUGAUUAGCAGAAAAUCCAGCAAUUUCCUUAUUAUUCAUUUCUUUCUUACCCCAUAUGCUCUAUUUCAUCCAAAAGCCAACCCGUGUUCAUCUUCAAGCCAGCUAAACUCUAUUUUUGCUAUUCUGCCGGUCCUGGUGUUGUGGUAAGGAUGGGGAAGUGGUGUUACUCGGUGAGGUGACACUCAGAAUUGUAUCACUGUCCCUGUUCCACAGUCCCAAAUUAAACUUUCCGAUAGAAACUGACUACUCUUGAAAUUGACAUAAGCAGAAGGAUAUAGAGCAGAGGAUGAUGAUUCGAGGUGCAAAUAAUUUCAGGAGCAGAAACAGAGGUGGAAAGAUGCAGGUUUUCUGUAUUAUAGCAAAAGAAGGAGCAAAUUAUCUGCCAGCUAAAUAUUGUCUAAAACUUGCAAAGAGUGCUGGCCACCAUGAAGUGAAGCUACCUAUUGUGUAGAGCAAUGGAUGUAGCAAUAUAUAACUUAUUCAUGACUUACUUUAAUGACUACUUCAAAUGUAGCAUUAUAUUGAACAUUUAUGGCUUUAAGCACUUUGACCACAUUAGUUCUAUUUCUGUGAAACUCUCAGUUUGUUUGAAGGAGAAAAAAAAGUAAUGUGGUCGCAGGCUAUUAAAGCAAGUCAUAGCUGUAACUUUUGCUAGUACAUGUAGAGAGCUGUGCAAGGAGUGAGAUGGUGCUUACAGUGCAUGAUUUAAGAGUCCUGCUCCCCAAGCUACUUGGCCGAUAUAGGCACAUUCUACGCAUGUUGCACCUGAGUUAUGCAAAGUCUGGGACAAUCAGAAUUUUUAAGAUCUCCAUUUUAAAAAUAUAUACAUUUAAAAAUUUUUUUAAAUAUAUUCAGCCUAGAUGCUGAAGGUUCCAGCAUCUGCAGAUUUUCUCGUGUUUGGUAUAUUCAUUAGUGUUGAAAUUGAUUUUCCUUCAUUUUGGGUUCAGGUCAAGACUGUUAACUUUGAAUGGCAUCCUGUACAAUAGGUUGCAUAUUGCCACUAUGAAUGCAAUGUUAUUGUAUUCUAUGGAAUGUGUUUUACUUUACAUUAAAUGUUAUAUUGUUAUCUUAGCUGAGAUACACUUCUCUUGGAAGAUGGUCCAACCCAAUCAUCCUGGCUAUGCAGGCUGAAAGUUAAUGCCAGGGCUAGAUGUACACAAUGAAAGAAACAAAGGGUGUAUCAAGCUUAAAAUAUUGUCAUGCUUUCUGUGACUCAUUUAUUUUGUUUGGAUUGGUUGCUAGGGAAUGAUUCAGUAGCUAUUGGUCAUCAUGUGUGAGCCUAGGUAGAGCAAGGGCUAUUUGGUAGUAGGUGGUGCAGUACAGUGGCCAAGAAUGUUCUGGUCCAUGUGGGCUCGUUUACAGGAGCAGGAAUUUUAUCAUCUAUGAACUCAACACGAAUUGAUACUUAAUCCAGCUCCUUGGUUCAGUUACAUACUGUCUUUGCCAACUCUAGAGUUAGAAGAGCCAUUUAUUUUGUUUAGAGAACAGCUGAAUAAAUGACACUACAGUGUCUAAAUGAAAAGGAAACCUCGGGUAACCUUGGACUGUAUUGCCCACAGUGAGUGUUCAGGCUCACUUUGUGAUGUGGGUUGUUUUCUCAAUAACUUACUGCUCAAAGGGUCUUUAUCCAACAUGCAGUAAAUGCUUUAUUUAGAAUCAGAGAAGAGAUCCAAGAGAUCCUUGUAAGAGAAAUAAACCAAGAGAAACUAGCCAGUGCUGGCAUACAAAACUGAGUUAUCCGCGCCUGUUGGACUGCUGAAAAUUUAUUCACUGCUCAGGUCAUAUUGUUUGGCUCUUUCCCACAAAACACAUUUAACAUUCAUAAAUUUCAUAUCCAGCAGAAUGUUUUGAUCACAGAUGGCAAAUAGCAUUUCAGCUUGUGCACCCCAAUGACUCAGUAGAUUUAUUCUAUGCAGUUGCUGGUACUACUGUGUGGGUCAGGUUUUAAAAAGAGAUGAGUUAAAUUUAUGUGGGUCCCAUCAUGGCUUCUCAACAAGCUUUACAUUGCAAUAAAAUAAUUUGAACUGUAGUGGCUGGUGUAACCCAAUAAAACAGCAACUCCAUCGACUCUCCCUCCCAUUUUACUAUCCCCCAAAACUGAAGGGGCCAUGUAGGGGCCUUGGUUUAUGGUCUUUGACAAAGUGUCAUUCCCUCAUUAUUACAUGGGGGUGACAUCCUAGACUUUUGCCCAGUUUCUGGAAUGCGUUUUGACCCACCACCAUCUAACUCAGGGCAGUAGAUGCAAACAAAUGAACCACCAGCUGACAGGAAUCCCUGCAUUUCAUUCCCUUAAUUCCUUAGAGUUACAGUAGCUAUUCUCCUUCUGGAGAGAGACAUGAUAAAGGAGUAAUCCUGAGAUCCCAUAACCAUUUCCUCCAUUGUGGUAAGACCAUAAAAUAUACAGUAGGGGUAUAAUUAGGCCACUUGGCUCAUCAAGUCAAGUCUGCUCUGCCAAUCAAUCAUGGCUGAUUUUUUUUUCAACUCUGUUCUCUCACUUUCUCCCUGUAACCCUUAACCUCUUUACCAAUCAAGAACAUAUCAGUCUCUGCCUUAAAUACACCCAACGACUUGCCUCCACAGCCCCCUGUGCUAGUGAAUAUCAGGAGACUAUUCAAGGAAGUGGCAGGUGCAAGCAAUGUAUGAGAAUGUAUAUUCUCUGCUGUCUUCCCCAUUGUUAUAGCUUGUUGAAAAUCUCAGUCAAUGCUCACACUUGAUAAAGGACAAUCAGCAUCUCUGGAAGACUGCCUAGGCAAGGAAUAGAAGAGAUGCCGUUCAGAAAAUAUAUAUUAUGGUUAUUUUCUCGAUAUUAAGGAUAAUAGCAAGACUAUCAGGGCAAUCAGCUUUGAACAUAUUGUGGAGGUCAAUUCUAAUAGAGUUUGAGAAACAGAACAUGAUAGAGGUGACCUGAUAAAGGUGUGUAAGAUGAUGAGAGGCAUUGAUUGUGUGGAUAGUCAGAGGCUUUUCCCCAGGGCUGAAAUGGUUACCACAAGAGGACACAGGUUUAAGGUGCUGGGGAGUAGGUACAGAGGAGAUGUCAGGGGCGGGUUUUUUACUCAGAGAGUGGUGAGUGCGUAGAAUGGGCUGCUGGCAAUGGUGGUGGAGGCGGAUACAAUAGGGUCUUUUAAGAGACUUUUGGAUAGAUAUAUGGAGCUUAGAGGGCUAUGGGUAAGCCUAGUAAUUUCUAAGGUAGGGACAUGUUCGGCACAACUUUGUGGGCCGAAGGGCCUGUAUUCUGCUGUAGAUUUUCUAUGUUUCUAUGUUAUCAAACAUCUUAUCAAACUGUGCCUUUGAAAGGGAACAAUUAAAGCUGAGGAUUGCAGCUGUCCUCUAACCACACUGUCACCUAAACUCUGUCUGCUUAUGAGUUCUGAAAACAUCUCUCAAAAGUGGGUUGAAAACUUUGUUUUGCUUGUUUGAACACUAAACAAGCCUCAAUCCUGAUUUUUAAUUUUUCUCUUAGAAACCAUUAGAAGCAGCUAUUGUGAGCAAGAUGAUACAAGCGGUAUUGAUGCUGUAUGUGUUGUUGUUCUGAAGUAAAGUUAAGGCACAUGGUUUGGAACCCCAAGCUACAUCCUCAAUGUGGAGUUCUUUGUGCCAACACCGUGUGUGGAGAGGAACAUGAUCACUCUUCUGAACAUCAAUCCCUACUCCACCAAGGGCAUCUGAAAGAUCUAUUGAACUCAUUUAAUUUGACGUGGUUUAAAAUUAUUAUGCACCUGUAUCUUUGUUGAUCCUUUAACUAACCAGCUUGGCAAGAUAACAUGAUCACACAAAUGUAAAUAAUGUAAUGUCAUUUUUUCAAGGAUUUUUGCAUAAAAUGGUUGAACAGCAAACUAAAUGACUACAAAAGUUGUAGAUGCCAUUCAUUUGUAAAUGAAUAUUAAUCAAUAAAUUGAAAUCAUUAUAC